UGUAUUAAAUGGUUACGCUAUAGCUUAAAAAAACGCUUAGCCGAGUGUUCUUUUUCUGUUACUCGUUGGCGCACGAUUCAGCGCGGCGGCUGGGAGUUUCUUCCUCACUUGCCUACCUGUUGUAUUCAUCAAAAUUAUUUUCAACUCUUGGAUUUGCUAGAACGACUGAGCAAAUUGCGUUGACUCCAGUCACAACGUUCGGCAACUAAUAUGUUACCUCAUCCCGUAUGGACAUGCUCAAAUGCUAAUAGAUGCCAUACCUCUAGCGCAUGCAGUUAUGGUCCUUCUACGGUUGGCAUGUACAGUCCGCAACACAGGGCAAACAGCAGUCCGCCCGUGCGCCGCACGUCGAGGGCACGCAGCCAACGAUUAUCAUUUCAUGGUCGGGCGCCCAUGUCAGUACUUAGUACACAUGUCACUCAUGAGGAUUCUGAACCUCUUUUGCAAGUCAAGCGUCAGGCCAGUCCUCUUCGGCUCCUGUGUAAUGCACCCGUGGGAGCCGCAGCAGCUCCCUGUAGCGGUCGCAGGUGGCCCACGGGUCGGUGCCGCGGCUUCGCAGCCCUGGACGGCGGUUCAGGCAAAGGAUGCGGUCGGCUCGGCAGGGCCAUGGCACAGCACUAAGUCCCGCCACACGGGUUUUCCGUUGCGUACUGGACUCGCGCUGACGUGGCUAGGGACAAACUCGGGCACCCCUACCUUGGAGCGCAACGUGAGCUGUACACUUGUACGGCUGCCCGGUGCCGUACAGAUGGUGGACUGCGGCGAAGGCACGCACCGUCAGCUGCUGUCACUGGAGGGCUCUUUGGAUCUGGCGGAGAUUGACGGGAUCUUCAUCACGCAUCUCCAUGGUGACCAUUGCUUCGGCCUGCCGGCGGCUCUAGCAGUGCUGGAUCGGGCCAAGGCGGCGGGACAAACCGACCCAGCACGGCAGCGGCAUCACGUGUACGGCCCGCCGGGACUGGCGCUGCCAGUACUGAUUUCGGAGCUGGUCUGCUCGCCCGCCGCGGCGCACCCACCACAGCCGCUGGCGCAGGCGUUAGGGCAGCAGCGGCGGCGGCGCAACGGCGAUGAGCGCGACUGCCAUGGUGCUGGUGACAGUGGCGUGGAGGUGUCACUGCAGCGAAUAGCUGCUCGGCGGGUGCUGGAUGCGCCGGAGCUGGCGGCUGCCGUACAGGCCGUACAGUCCCGCGUCGCGGCCCUGGAAGAGAUCUGGUCUCCACUGCCGCGCUACCAGCCGUACGGUCAGCACGGCCGCAAUAGCGGAUCGCAAAAUGUCUUAGAUAGCGAGGUUUUAGAGCUGACGAGCAGCGCCGAUGAGGACGCGGACGAAGCUGAUGGUGGUGGCGGUGCUGGUGGCGGUGCUGGUGGUGGAGCGCCGUUUCGUUUUGUCGCUGCCGAGGGCCUUUUUUGGGAGCUGCCAGGCUGUGCAGGGUUCCGUGUGCGGGCGGCGCAGCUGCAGCAUCGGGUGCCUUGUUGGGGCUACGUAUUCGUGGAGGGGCGGCCGUAUGAGGAGGGAAUGCGGCGGAGGAAGGUGGUGGUGCUGGGCGACACGGUCUCCUCACGGCCCAUCGCGCCGCUGGCCGCGGGCUGCGAUGUAAUGUCGCAUGAGGCUACCUUUGCGCGCGGCAUGGAGGCCAAGGCGCGCAUCGCGCAGCAUAGCACGGGCUGGAUGGCUGGCGCUUUCGCGGCCGCGGUGGGCGCGCGCAGCCUGGUGCUGACACACUUCAGCGCACGAUACCGCGAGGGACCGAGGGAUGUGGACCUGAGUCGCUCCUCCAGGGCCUCGGGACAGCAGGAGGCCGAGCAGCAGUCUUGGGCCGUAGCGGGGCUCCUCAAGGAGGCUGCCGCCACGUAUGGUCGGCCCAACCACCUUUUCGCUGCUUCGGACUUCUACACGCACCACGUUCCGCCGCGGCCGCUGGCGGCGUCGGCAGCCGGCCUACGGGGCACCGUAGCGGGCGGGGAUACGGAGGGGUUGGGCGAAGGCUCAGACGGGGAGACGGCAAGCCGGGAGGUUGCGACAGGGCCCCGUGGGAGGGUGGGCCCGAGCGGGGGCCAUGUGGCGCGAGGGCGGAUCUUGAGGAGGGCAGUUAGUGAGGGCCGAAGCGCUUGA